AUGCUGGACAUGAGCGAGGCCCGCGCCCAGCCGCCCUGCAGCCCGUCCGGCACCGCCAGCUCCAUGUCGCACGUGGAGGACUCGGACUCGGACGCGCCGCCGUCGCCUGCCGGCUCCGAGGGCCUGGGCCGCGCUGCGGGCGCGGGGGGCGGCGUCCGGGGCGACGCGGCCGAGGCGGCGGACGAGCGCUUCCCGGCCUGCAUCCGCGACGCCGUGUCGCAGGUGCUCAAGGGUUACGACUGGAGCCUGGUGCCCAUGCCGGUGCGCGGGGGCGGCGGCGGCGCGCUCAAGGCCAAGCCUCACGUGAAGCGGCCCAUGAACGCCUUCAUGGUGUGGGCACAGGCGGCGCGUCGCAAGCUGGCGGACCAGUACCCGCACCUGCACAACGCCGAGCUCAGCAAGACGCUGGGCAAGCUGUGGCGCUUGCUGAGCGAGAGUGAGAAGCGCCCCUUCGUGGAGGAGGCAGAGCGGCUGCGGGUCCAACACAAGAAGGACCACCCGGAUUACAAGUACCAGCCACGCCGCAGGAAGAGCGUGAAGACGGGCCAAGGAGACUCCGACUCCGGACCCGAGCUGGGCCCCCACCCCGGCAGCGGCGUGUACAAGGCCGAUGCCGGCCUGGGUGACCCACACCACCACAGCGACCACACAGGGCAGACCCAUGGGCCACCCACCCCACCCACCACCCCCAAGACGGACCUGCACCACGGGGGCAAGCCCGAGCUGAAGCUGGAAGGCCGCCGCCUGGCGGACAGCGGGCGUCAGAACAUCGACUUCAGCAACGUGGACAUCUCGGAGCUGAGCAGCGAGGUCAUCGGCAACAUGGACACCUUCGACGUGCAUGAGUUCGACCAGUACCUGCCCCUCAACGGCCACUCGGCCUUGCCCGCGGAGCCAGGCCAGCCCGCCGCCACCUCCUACGGGGCUGCCUCCUACUCACACUCGGGCGCGGCAGGCAUCGGGGCGUCCCCCGUGUGGGCCCACAAGGGAGCCCCUUCGGCCUCCGCGUCGCCCACUGAGGCAGGUCCCCCACGGCCGCACAUCAAGACGGAGCAGCUGAGCCCCGGCCACUACGGAGACCAGUCGCACGGCUCCCCGGGCCGCGCUGACUACGGCUCCUACAGCGGCCAGGCCAGUGUCACCACGGCCGCCCCCGCCGCGGCCGCCAGCUCCUUCACCAGCUCGCAGGGCGACUACACCGACCUGCAGGCCCCCAGCUACUAUGGCCCGUACCCCGGCUGCCCGUCCAGCCUCUACCAGUGCCCCUACUUCCACCCUUCUCGUCGGCCCUACGCCUCACCCCUGCUCAGCGGCCUCUCUGUGCCGCCUGCCCACAGCCCACCCGGCAACUGGGACCAGCCCGUGUACACGACCCUGACCAGACCCUGAGGGCGCCGUGGCCCCGGGGAGGGGACUGGUGUCGGUGCGGGACAGCCUGGAUCUCGGCAAGGACGGAUGGAGCCUCCGGUCUCGCGGAGGGGUGCGCUAGCGAGGGAGGGCUGGGGGCGGACCGGCAGGCGCAGGCUGAAGUGUGCCGGGAAGCCUCGCUUUGUAAUCCACGCGCUGCACGGGGCUUCCAGAUCUCCACGCUCCCUGCGGCCGGCCGACAGAGCCCCUUUCCCGCGCUCUCUUCACCAUGCCUGGCGACUCUGGAACCAAGGACCGCCACCGGGCCCUCUUCCCUGCUGGCACCAGCGCCUCGGUUUUGCCUCUCGGUGGACGGAGCAGCCACAGCACAAAACAGAAAGGAGGGAAGAGGCAUGGGGUCUCUGGCCUCCAGUGCUCCAGGGUCCCCGCCAGCCUCACGAGCAUGGAGACCUCCAGGGGACCCCACUGCAGGAACCCCUCUGGGGACCGGCGCGUCAGCUCUGAGGUGCUGCCUGCCAUCAAGGCUCUUCCUGGCAAGGUUUGGCUGCGACUAACACUUCUCUCUUUUUAUUUUAUUUUUUUUUUAUUUUUAUUUUGGAAGCUUAAACACAUUCGAUUUGUUUGGGAAGCUGUUGAAGUGUAUUUAUGUUCUGUAUUACUUUAUCUUUA